CCCAUCCCAUUUUACAAUGUUUCCUAAUAUUCUCAGCACCGAGCAGUGUUACCUAAUCCACCUGUAUUGCUCACCCUACGAUUUUCCCUAAUAUACUGUAAAAGUUCCCAUUUACUAUAAAAUUUGAUUUACAUAAUAACCACCUGUCGAUUUUUACAUUUCUCCAAUAUUUCUACUAAUUUUCAUAAAAAUAUACUUGAAAAUUUUCCAUUUCCAAGUUCGUUUUUGACAUUUGAAGUUUCUAGGUUAUAAACAUUUUUGACGGCUUGAUGACGGCCAACAACAAAUUGGUUGAGUAAAUGCAGUUACAAAAAACUCAAUGGAUGUUAUAGAGCAAACUUAUGUCAGUUAUGGACUUGCACACCAAACAGAGGCAAUUCUCAGGUCAACUGUACAAAUACACUAAUGUAAUGAAAGGCUGGCAGUAUCGGUACUUUACAGUGGAUGCAAAUGCGGGGCUUUUGCAUUACUACCUGUGCGAAGGGGAAAAACCAGAUGGAAGUGUCCCUCGAGGCUCAGUUCACUUAGCAGGAGCUGUGAUUUGCCCCAGUGACGAGGACUCGAAAACUUUUACAGUGAAUUGUGCUUCAGGAAACAUGCUGAAACUCAGAGCUGCUGAUGCCAGGGCGCGCCAGGAGUGGGUCAACGGGCUAAGGGCUGUGGCAGAAUCACACACCAAGGCAAUCAGCGCAAACAGCCCUCCUUUGCCCCCCAGAGAACACCUAGCAGUAUUGGACGCCAUGGGUUGUGUGCGAACACAAUUAGCACAAACUGAACAAGCAGAUUUGGCUUUGUGUCGGGCGAUUGAAUCAGCCGGAAGCAACUUUUUUGUUGAUCCUAAUUUACUUCUGUUAAAAGCAACUUCAGCAGCGUCAUUGCAUUGUUUAACUCAGUGUAUGAAUAUUUUGCAGAGGAAUCAGCAUGCUCAACAAGCAAGGACUGGGAAGUGUGGAAUAACAAAACGUUAUAAAUUUCAUAAAAAAGUCUGACGUGGCAAUACGACCAAGACACAUGGGGAAACUUUAAAACUUAAAAAGAUUAAAUAUAUCCAAGAAGUGGUCAUCUAAAGUUGUCACCGAAAAAAAUUAAGAACAAAACUGAAAAAUUGUUAUUCAUCUUACAUAUCAACCAUUACAAAAAUGAUUGAUAAA